UUUGAUCGGUUCUUAAUUAACUUCUGCGCUAACCCUUGUUUCGAAAUUUCGAGGGAUUUGCGUAAAAAAAUAAACGGAGACAAUGGAGGACCUGCAAUCUGCUUUCAAUGCCCAUAUGGAUCAAAUGGCAGAUCUGGUUGAAAAGCUCUCGGCGGAGCUCCGAACUGGACUCAAACCCGCUUACGAAAGCUUUAUGGGUUUCUUCCAUGCCAUUGAUUGGAAGGAACCUUGGCUGAUAUGUCUCGUUUCCUUCCAUGUGUUGCUUCUAUUAGUUACUUUCUUGUCAAGAAAGAACAUCAAUUUCCAGAUGUGUUUGUUCCUUCUUGCCCUUGGAGGAGUUUAUCUUGCCGAGUUGCUUAACCAGUUUUUGGCCGGAAACUGGAGAAGCUUUGCAGGCCAGAACUAUUUCGACUCUAACGGGUUGUUUCUCUCUAUACUAUGGUCUGGGCCGCUAUUGGUGAUCGCGAUUCUAAUCCUUGUGAACACUUUGUUUUCACUGUGUUAUCUGAUUGUACGAUGGAAAAGGGCUGAGCUCAGGCAUCGUGCAAGAACAGCUCAUAGUAAAGAGGAGUGAGCUUGGUAUGUCUUCUGCACGAGGGGAUUUUUCACGAUGAAAGUCUAUUUUUGGAUGAAUUAUAUUUUGGCCUUGUUCUUCGAUUUCCUCAUGUUAUGUGUUUUAUCAUAUGAAGAAACAGCAGUUAGGAGAACUAAGGUCACAUUAGGUAGUAAAAUUACUCCAUCUGACAAGAUGAUUUCUACAGUUAUUCUCGGUGUUGUACUGUUCUCAUAAUGAUUUGAUUGAUUACAACUCUGGCUUGGUUAAUAUAAACUAUGAAGAGCAACUGAAACUAUGAAAAAUGAAAGAAGAGUAUUUUUGG